AGCGAGGAUGUCGCUUUGUUAGUCCAGGGCACUGUCCGCGCUGUGAGCAAGAGGAAGCUGCAGCCCACCCGGGCCGCCCUCACCCUGACCCCUUCAGCAGUAAACAAGAUAAAACAGCUACUUAAAGAUAAACCUGAACACGUAGGUCUCAAAGUUAGUGUCCGAACCAGAGGUUGUAAUGGCCUUUCUUAUACUCUAGAAUAUACAAAGACAAAAGGAGAUUCUGAUGAAGAAGUUGUUCAAGAUGGAGUCAGAGUGUUCAUCGAAAAGAAAGCGCAGCUAACACUUUUAGGAACAGAAAUGGACUAUGCUGAAGAUAAAUUAUCCAGUGAGUUUGUUUUCAAUAACCCAAACAUCAGAGGAACGUGUGGCUGUGGAGAAAGCUUUAAUAUUUUACUACUCUGGCUGUAAGCUCCAGGAAAACUCAUGGAAGUCCUUGGGCUUACUGAAGAAAUCAUGUGACUGUCACGUGCUUAAAGUUUAUAAUGUAUGACUGCCUC